GGUUCGGGUCGGUUAAAUAGAGCCCGAUCUAAUUAUAACCGUUGGAUUCGAAUCAGGCACGUAUGAGACACACGGGGGUGUAUCGGGGGUUUUGGAGCGUGCGGCCUUCGACUGAAGCCGAUAAGGCGUUCGUUCCCUCUUCUCCCUCUCGGCGCCUCUGUCCCUCUCGCCCGCUCGUUGGCGAGCAUUAAUGGAAGCAAUCGGGUCUCGUUCUUUGCUCUCGUUCUCGUGUAAUCUUUGCAAAACAAAGGUACUUGUGAUUGGGAGUUUUCGUCCUCUGGAUGUCAAGACCAAAAGAAGUUUUGAGAUAGUUUGUCAUGCCAUGUUGACACCGAGAAAGUUCAUGCAGAGGAGGAAGAAGGUGGAAAUUUUUAAGGAUGCCGCUGAUGAAGCUGAGCAGAAAAAUUGGAGGAAGUUGAUGAAGGAGAUAGAAGAAUUAGGUUCAGCUGUGCCGAUAUUGAAAACCCAGAGGGCUAAAAUGGAUGCACUUCCUAGAGAUCUUGUUCUCGGUACCCUUGUAAGAUUUAAGCAGCUAAAGAAAUGGGGCCUUGUCAGUGAGAUUCUAGAAUGGCUUAGAAGUCAACACUGGUGGGAUUUCAGUGAGAUGGAUUUUUUGAUGCUUAUUACAGCUUAUGGGAAGCUAGGAGAUUUCAACAGAGCAGAGAGAGUUCUAAAGUAUAUGAACAAGAAAGGUUACUCUCCUAGUGUGAUUUCUCAUACUGCCUUGAUGGAAGCAUAUGGGAGAGCUCGUCAGUUCAGCAAAGCCGAAGCAAUAUUCCGUCGGAUGCAGUCAGCAGGCCCUGAUCCAUCACCAGUGACAUAUCAAAUAAUUCUUAAAACUUUUGUUGAGGGUGACAUGUUUAAGGAAGCUGAAUCUGUUUUUGAAAGCCUUUUAAAUGAAGAAAGAUCUUCUUUUAAGCCAGACCAAAAAAUGUUCCAUAUGAUGAUUUACAUGUAUAAGAAAGCUGGGAAUUAUGACCAAGCCCGUAGGACAUUUGCACUGAUGGAUGAGAGAAGAAUCCCCCAAUCUACUGUGACAUAUAAUAGCCUGAUGUCAUUCGAAACAGAUUACAAGGAGGUCUCAAGAAUCUAUGACAAGAUGCAAAGAGCUGGAGUCAAACCAGAUGUCGUUAGCUAUGCAUUGCUUAUCAGUGCUUAUGGAAAGGCCAGAAGAGAACAAGAAGCAUUGGCCGUUUUCGAGGAAAUGCUUGAUGCUGGUGUCAGGCCAACACGGAAAGCAUAUAACAUCUUGCUUGAUGCAUUCGCAAUCUCUGGAAUGGUAGAUGAAGCUCGGACAGUGUUCAAGAGUAUGAGAAGAGACAAGUAUGAACCUGACUUAUGUUCCUAUUCAACAAUGCUAUCUGCUUAUGUCAAUGCAUCUGAUAUGGAUGGAGCUGAGAAGUUUUUCCGUCGUAUUAAGGAAGAUGGUUUGAAACCCAACGUUGUUGUCUAUGGGACACUGAUGAAAGGUUAUGCAAAAUUGAAUAAUCUUGAGAAAGUAAUGCGUGUAUAUGAGAGAAUGCGUUUGCAAGGUGUUGAAGCCAAUCAGACCAUCUAUACAACAAUCAUGGAUGCCCAUGGCAAAAACUCUGAUUUCGGAAGCUCUGUAAUCUGGUUUAAAGAGAUGAGUGCCCAUGGACUCCCACCUGAUCAGAAGGCAAAAAACAUCCUUCUAUCUUUGGCCAAGACACCAGAGGAACAGAAGGAAGCCAACGAGCUGGUGGGAAAUCCUUCUGUUAGUUUACAUGAUUCACCAAAGGACAGUCAGAUCACUGAGUUUGUCGGUGAUGAUGAGCAUGGAGAGCAGCUGAAGUGUGCAAAAACAACCAAUUCUGGAAGAGACCUAGCUGCUUUUGGUCACUUGGUAGUAAAUGCAAGCAAGUUUACUGAUCUUGGCAAUAAUGAUGACAAUGAUUAUGAUGACGAUGAUGUCGAGGAGGACGAGUACGAGGAAGAGAAGGAAGAGGAGCAUACUGAUUUCAUUAUGAGUUCUAGCGUACGACUUUGAAGUAAGAAUCACACAUUAUUCGUGGACUACCUUUCUUCAAGGCUUCUACAUCCGUGAUCAAACUUUGCUUCGGUAUUUAGGUUCCAGUGAUUGUAAUUGCAUAGGGGUUAUGACACUGUAAGCAUCCUGGAGACCCUUCUCGAUGCAUGGAGCUCCAUGUGACAAUAAGCAAGCAUCAUGAAUAUUGUAUCUCAUCUCAAGCAUUCAUUGAUGUCAAAAUGUAAGCUGUUUAUUCUUUGUCUAUGUGCAAUGAAACUUCUACAGGGA